AUGACCAGAAUUAACGCGACAGAGACGACUCCUUUGAUACCGGAGAUACCUCCCGAGGUCUCGGAUGUCGAGAGGAAUACCGAUGAGCCGAAAACGUAUAGCCAUGCGUUUAUUGCGAGAGUAGUUGUCGCGUUGCUGAUUGGCAUCUUUACUUCCAAUGCUGAUGGAUCUUUGGUGCUGGCUACUCAUCCGGUAAUUGCAUCCGAGUUUGGCAAGCUUCAGGAUUCGAGUUGGUUAUUUAUCAGCUUCAUGUUGGCUAGUGCGGCGUCACAAACGAUUUACGGAAAAUUGAGCGACAUCUUUGGACGAAAGACGAUAUUGAUCUUCUGCUAUGGAUUAUUUGCUGUUGGAUGUGCCCUCGUAGGAGCUGGCCAGUCAAUGUGGCAAGUCAUCCUAGGUCGCGUAAUCUCUGGAUCUGGAGGUGCAGGAAUGACAACAAUGGCAUCAGUCAUCAUAACUGAACUCGCACCUCUUCGAGAAGUCGCCUCAUGGCAAAGCUACAUGAACGUCAUCGCCACUGUCGGCCGUAGCAUUGGUGGUCCGCUCGGAGGCUUUCUCGCUGAUACAAUCGGCUGGAGAUGGUCGUUCCUUGGACAAUCGCCGAUAUUCGCUGUAUCCAUGAUCAUCGCUGCCAUCCUCCUCCCCUCGACAACCCAGACCGAGGGCGCAACACUCGAGCGCAUCAAGAGGAUCGACGCACUCGGGGCUCUCCUUUUGGGCGGUUCUGUCCUCGCUUUCAUGGUCCCUCUAGAGAUUGGUGGCCAGAAGAUCCCGUGGAGUCAUCCCCUCGUGCCAACUCUCGCCGCUGCUGGUGUGAUUCUCUCAGCUGCAUUCGUACUAGUCGAGUCACGCUGGGCCAAGGAACCAAUCUUUCCUCUUCGUUUACUCAAAAGUGGCGACGUCACAAAGACGUAUCUUAUUGCGUUUGGUCAAGCAGCUGCACAGGUUGGAAUGAUGUAUACCGUCCCCAUUUACUUCCAGGUCACUCAGCGCGUGUCGAGCACAGUAGCAGGCGCUCAUCUAUUCCCUGCAGUCAUCGGAAAUACAGUCGGAGGCAUAGCAACAGGCUUGAUCAUCAAAAGAACUGGUCGAUACAAGGCACUCAUAAUCUUCUCGGCCGUCUCAUCAAUCACAAGUUAUACUCUGAUGCUGCUACGCUGGCACGGACAGACCAACUGGCUGGAGUCUCUCUAUGUCUUCCCAGGGGGUCUUGGCAUGGGAAUCGCUCAAAGUGCAGCCUUUAUCGCUCUUCAAGCUUCCAUCGACCCCAAAGACAAGGCAGCAGCGUCUUCUGGAAUCUUCCUGUCUGUAACUCUGGGGUCAGUUGUUGGCAUGGCUGGUACUAGUGCAGCCAUCCAGGGCCUUCUCAGACACGACAUCCAGCAAAACCUUAGUGACCUCGGAAAGUCUCAACACUUCAUUGACGACGUCAUUCGGAAAGCCGCCGAGAGUGUCUCCUUCAUCGACGAAGCUUCCGGGCCUAUCAGAAAGGUGCUGAUUCAAGGUUAUAUCAGAGGAAUCGAGUAUGGUCACGGACUCUCCAUCGUGUUCUCCGGGAUCACGCUCAUCACUGCUCUACUACUCAAGGAGCGUAAACUUUAG